GCUCCAGCGACUUCAAUCAACUGACUUCUAGCUACAUGGAGAGAAUAAGACGAAAACGUGUAUCACUGAGUGGAGUGUUGGAGAUAGAGAUACAAUCACAAUGGUCUAUACCCCGGCUUUGGUCCUCGGACAUGGAAUUCCGAUUGCGUCUGAAGAGGAUAACGUUGUCGAACUGAUGAGAAAGUUUAUCGAUCAAAUCACAUCGAGCGAUAAAAAAUAUGUGCGUCGAGGCAACAUUGAAAGUCCCGAAUUCAUCAAGGAAAUAAACUCAAGUAUGGACUCUGAAACAACUCUUGACUGUGAGAGAAUACUCCAGCAGGACAUGACCAGGCAGAUAGUGCGUUGUCUCUCUGAAGCUAAAGAAUCGAGUCUGCGGUGCCGAAUACUGCUGCUUCCCUGCCCGCUGACUGCCAAAGUUGCCCUGGAUGUGGUGCGCUCCUCAGCGGGAGAGCCGUGCGGGCUCCGCGGGGCCUUCAUACAGGUCUAUUUGGAGACAAAACCGGGCCAACCACUGCAGACGCUGGGAACUAUAACACCCGACCCAACUGUCACUCCUACCUUCGAGCUGUCCGUCGUGUUCAAGCUGGACAAAGACUGUUGGCCGCCUCUCAAGCACAUAUUCGUUACCGACAAGGUGUUGAAACUACGACCCCAAUACCGGAUGGUCAAGAAGAAAUUGUAUUCCUCCGCGAGCCCUGUCAUACAUGAGUUUUGCUGAGACAAUUUCUUAUCAGGAAUCAACAUGUGGCCUAUAAUUCUCUACAUUCCAGUUAGGAGAAAAAGCUGUUGCACCACUUGUUUAUUUUUUCCCCCCAGUGUACUAAAUGUAUGUUAGUGUACACUACUGUAUUGGAGAGUUGACAUUCUAAUGAAAGUUUUGCACUGGAACAUCACUGGAGAACAGUCAGUUCAAUUGUGAAAAGGAAAAAUUAUUUUGUAUCGUUUAAAAAGGAAGGAAUGGUUACCCUAUAUGUUUUGUAUGGCUGAAAUUUGAGUUGACAUAGAAAAGAGCACAGAAUGCAUGUUACCUUGCUGGUUAUAGCAGGGGGUGAAAUGUGUUGCCAAGUAUGGUACAAUCUAACUCCCCCAUAGUUUUUGUUUUGUUUUGUUACACAUUUGUUGUUCGAAAACAAUUGCUUGAUUGUCUUACUUUUGUAAAACCUCAUGCUGGAUGUGAAAGCAAGAUGGUGUUGCCCCUUACCCUGUGUCUGACGGUUUCAGUAUUGUUAAACUGAGAAAUGUGAAAUAAAUGUUUUUGCACAGUA